AUGAAGAGCAAUGAGGAAAUGGUCAAGUGGCUCUUACCGGUUUUCAUCGGUUUCGCCAUCCGUUCUAGUGUCUUACUUCAUCCGCAUUCUGGUCAAGCCAAACCACCCAUGUACGGUGACUACGAGGCUCAACGGCACUGGAUGGAAGUCACCACCAAUUUGCCUGUGCUUCAAUCAACCUCAAUGCCUCGGCAUAAAAAGCGGUGCCUGUUUGUAGUGUCGGCUUAUGCCCCAACGGACUGCAGUUCUGAGGCGAAGAAUACUUUCUAUCGAGAACUAUCCGGGCUCAUUCGUCAAGCAAAAAGCACUGACAUCGUGAUCCUUGCAGGCGAUAUGAAUUCUAACGUAGACCGUCUCAGCACCUUCGAAUCACAUUUGGGCGGUCGAUUCGAAGUCGAUGCUCGCCACACAUGCAACGGAGAUUGA